AUGUCCGGCGAAUACACGACGUUGACGGAGCUCACGUGUAUGUGCGGUAUCAAUACAUUUGUUGAUGAGGAUAAAGCAUGUGUGAGGUGUAUGGUGUCUAGGGAGGAGAUUUCCGCCAUCGAAGCCACGGAGUACAAUGAUGCAGUGGAAGCUGGCUACAGUUCGAUACCCUCGGGCGGUGACUCGGGAAAUGGGAACUACGUAAAUGGAGGAAACUCUGACAAUGGCUCUAACGGCGGUGAAACCAAUAAUGGAUCCGGGAGCGAGACCAACACAGCCGAGACCAACAACGGAGCAGCGGACAACUCAAACGCAGCCGGGAGUACUCAUUCGAACGGCGUUGAAGGUUUAGCCAUGAGAUCGGAACAGUUGAUAUUUGGGGCGGUAUUCGCAGCUGGGAUAGCCUAUGUUUUGUAG